AGAAGGGAAGGAAUUGCAGCCUUUCGACGACGACGACCUCUCCAGACUUGCAUCCUUUACAGUCAUGGUCAAGGUCCACAAGCGUGCCUCGAAGAGGGUGGGGACAAAGCAGAGGUCCAAAAUCCAGCGCAAGGUGCGAGAGCACCACCGCAAGUCGAAGCGAGAGGCCAAGAAGGACAAGACAUGGAAGAGCAAGAAGCGCCAGGACCCCGGCAUUCCCAACAGCUAUCCCUACAAGGAGCAGCUGCUCAAUGAGAUCGAAGAGAGGAGAAGGCUGGCCGAGGAGCAGCGCAUACAGGCCCGCGAGGCCAGGCAAACUGGGGAGGAAGAGGACGAAGUCGAGGACAACAUUCUUGGUGAAGACGGCGAAGACGAAGAGGAUGUAGAGGCCGAGGGACAAAAUGGUGCUGCAACGACGUCGACAUCGGCAGCUCCUCUCCUGUUCAGGGGCAACCUCGACGACUUUUCGGCUGCGCUGGGGAAAGACGCGGAUCCUCGCAUCAGGGCCGUUGUGCUCCUCCUUGAUGCUAGGGAUCCCCAGUCAUGGCGCAUCCCAGCUCUGGAGGAGACGAUUCGAACGCUAAGCAAGGGCUCGGUGGAGCUGGUUGUGGCCAUGACAAGAGCAGAUCUCGUUCCUCUUGAGACGCUCGCCGCGUGGAUGGCUAUUGUCGCCAAAACGUACUCCUCAACCGUCUACGCUCUCUGCAGCCCCGCACCGGCUGCUCACGGCAUCCCUGCCAGGGAGGGAGCUGGUAUCGCGACCCUGGUCACCCGCAUUGAAGACAUCCUCGCCAAGGAUGCUGCCGUCGAUGGCGAAGCACAGGCCAUUGCUAUCAUCGGCCUGGAGAACUCCGGACGAACCUCGCUGGCAAACAUCCUGGCGCCUUCGCUGCCCAAGGCAAAGGUCUUCGACACGCCCUUUGUCGUGCAAGCCAGCUCCAGGUUGGCCAACAACCCUGCAUCCUACCAAGAGUCAGACGAUGAGGAUGAGGACGAAGACGAAGAAGAGGGCAUUCAGCAGCGUGACGAGGAAGCCGCCCACCGCAUCCUGAUUCGCAAUUCAGGUCAUGUCUACAAGAUCCGAGAGCCGCUACCCUUGAUGUACGCCCUGAUGCGCCGCAUUGCCCACCCGGCUGACCUCAUGAUGGCAUACAACACACCAGCAUUUGGAAGCUAUGUUCCCAAAGACGACGGCGACAACGAGCAGCCACGCUGGAAGGUGCAGAAAGAAAAGCUGGAGAAAGACACGGAAGAGUUUCUCAUUGCCGUGGCCAACAAGAACGGCCGGAUGAUGAAGGGAAAGAUGCCAGACCCCUUUGCCGCCGCCCGCAUUGUGCUCCGCGACUGGUCUGUGGGCGCCCUGGGCUACUAUGCCAAGCCCGACGAAGCGGACAAGGCCGAGGUAGAGGCUGCGCGAAGGCAUAUUCUGUCCGAUGGCGGACUCAAGAGGUUGGUGCUGCCCCGAAAGGAGUGGAGGAAAAAGUACGAGGGCAAGGAGAUGCGGCUCAAUGGUGCCAUUGGCGACCAUGGCCUGCUGGGGAAGCAGAGGAUUGCCUUUGCAAGGGUAACCGGCGACGCUGUCCCCGAGACUGUCGAGGCUGAUGACGGCGAUGAGGACGAGGACGAGGAAGAGGAUGAGGAUGAGGAUGAGGAUGAGGACGAGGACGAUGAUGAGGAAAUGGAAGAAGAAGACGGGGAUGAAGACGAGGACGAGGAAGGUGAUGAUGCCGAGGAAGAGGCCGAAGAGGAAGAGGAGGUCGAAGAGGAAGAGCAGGGGCUUGCUGCACCGCCGCCCAAGUCGAUCCUCAAGGCGACUCAUGGGCGUGGACGCGGCUCGCAAGCCGCUGCCGUCGCGACAGCUGCAGCGGAGACUGCUAGCAGAAAGGCCAAGAGGAAGAUGAUCAAGGGCGCUUCAUCAACGGCAACAUCCUCAAGGGUCUCGCCGGCCAAGCGCGUCCGCUUCUGAGUUUGGCCCCCUCUCUCUCUCUGUGUACAGUACAUUAGUCUAACAACAACAGAAGACAACAAAACCAGCCCCGUG